CUCCAGCUGAUUGCCCAAGGAAAGGUAUAAAAACCCGCUCGGCUCUGGGCUGCUCCAUCCGAUCCUCCCAGCCCUCUCCGUGCUCCACAGGGCCCGAUCUCCAUCCAGCUGGUCUCUGACCUUCCUGCUGCCUCCGGCUCGAAUAUUCCAGAGCUAUCCCCAUUCCCGAAGAUGUUUUCCUACAGACAGAGCUCCAGCUCCCGCUGCCUGGCUCCCUGCGGGAUCUCCUGCCCCCAGCCCGUGGCCAGCACCUGGAACCAGCCCUGUGUCACCUCCUGCGGGGACUCCAGGGCUGUCAUCUACCCCCCGCCCGUGGUCAUGACCUUCCCAGGCCCCAUCCUCAGCUCCUGCCCCCAGGAGAGCGUCGUGGGAUCCUCAGCACCGUCCAGCUCCGGGGGCUUCCUGGGAUCCAGGGGCUCCUACGGAUCCUACAGCUAUGGGAGGUCCUACUCUUCCUAUGGAUCCUCUGGAUAUGGGUUUGGGAGCUGCAGACCCUGUUAAACACCCGAGGAAUGAGGAGGAAGGAGCCAAAGGCCACCACGGAGGAAGAGGAGCCUCCACAAAUCCCGGCAAUUUCCUGGAGCAUCCUCAGUCCCACAUUUUUAUGUAAAUUCCUUUCAUUUUUCUGACUCUUUUUUCCAGUGGCUCCUGCUGAUAACAACCUCAGAAUCAUCCUAUCCAUGAUUCCUGGCCGGCAGAAAGUGGGAUGAGGUUGUGUCACCUUCCCACACAGUGAAAACCCAGGAGUCACCCCUGUGGAAUGCAUGGCCCUGAAGCAAUUCUUUCCUUGCCCCAGCAAGAUUUCCCCCGGUGUUUUCCAUCCCCACUGUGAUAUUUUGCUUCCUCCUUUCUCAUUAAACCAUUGUGCAUCAAA